GUUAAUAUGGCAACGUUGACUGUUGAGAAAUGUCACUUUACUCUCGACUGUGUGUGUGACAAGUUGAUAAGUUUGUUUAAUAAUAAGCUCAAAAUUGCUUAUUUAUUGUUGUAUUUGAGUUUUUAUACCUUUAUUUGUGUAAACUUUGUGAUUUAAUUUGUAAAAAAAAGUAUCCUUAGACUUUGUAGUGUAGUCGUUUCUUACUCCAUUUUUUAUUUACAUUACCGUAAUCUUGAAAUAUCGUGAACUGGAACCAAUUGUUUAGUGCUCAGUUAUGGGAAAGAAAAAAGGAAAGGGAAAAGCCCAGGAGGGUUCUGGCGAGCCAUCUCAGCCUGCACCUGGAGCUUCCGCCCCAUCAACAUCUCAACCACCCCCACAGCAACAACAACAGAGGCAACGUGGUGGCCCUCAAGGGGAAGGCCCAGGGCCACGUCAGCAACAUCCCCAACAGAGGCCACAACAACAGAGGCAACAACAACAGCCUCAGCCACAUCCUCAACAACAAUGGCAACAACAGCCUCAGCCACAUCCUCAACAACAAUGGCAACAACAACAGCCUCAGCCACAUCCCCAACAGAGGCAACAGCAGCAGCCCCAACAACAGUGGCAACAACAACAGCCUCAACCACAUCCCCAACAGUGGCAUCAACAGCCUCAGCCACAUCCUCAACAACAAUGGCAACAACAACAGCCUCAGCCACAUCCCCAACAGAGGCAACAGCAGCAGCCCCAACAACAGUGGCAACAACAACAGCCUCAACCACAUCCCCAACAGUGGCAUCAACAACAGCCUCAACAGCAAAGAGGCCCACGUCAGCAGCAGGGGCGUCCUAGACAGCAGUUUCCGCCAGGUAUUCAACAGCAGAGGAGCCCCAGCCCACAACAGCAAUAUGGGGCUCCUCCGCCACACUGGGGGCCUCCCGGUAUUGUUCCACAACAACCUAUGGGACAACAGGUUCAAGGUCCACCUCCGCAACAGCCCCCACGUGGACCUCCACCUGGAAUGGGCGCCCCCCAACAGCAGCAACCUCAACGAGGUCCCCUUCCACAGCAGCAACAACAACAACAACAACGUCGUCCCCAACAACAGCAACCGCCCGUUAAAUCUCCCGUUCCUCAUCCAGAACCUUCGUCUCCUCCAAGACAAGAACCAGCACCUCCUCUUAGUGGCGGAGGCGACUGUCUUUCGGGAGCUCUUGUUGUCACACCAGGCACCAAAGGCAGACGUAUACAAAUCGAAAGCAACCAUUUGUCCCUAAAUCUGGGCAAACUCACCGAGGCGUACCAUUACGACGUUGCGAUAACACCUGACACUCCCAAAUGUUUACUUCGCGAUGUAAUGAAUCUCUUCGGUCGCAAACACUAUCCGCAAAACCAUCCAGCUUUCGACGGCAGAAAAAACCUCUACUCUCCGAAGAAAUUACCGUUUCCUAAUGACACCAAAAGCGAUACGAUUGAAGUCGAAGGAGAGAAUCGCAAAAAGGAGUUCAAAGUCGAGGUUAAAUUGGCGAGAACGGUCGAUUUGACGCCUCUUCAUGACAUCAUGAGGACGACGCAAUCGCCGCAGGACGCCCUCCAGUGCCUGGAUAUCGUCCUCCGGAAUGCACCCUCCAACGCUUGUAUCAUCGCCGGAAGGUGCUUUUUCACCCCACCACGUGACGGUCAAAUAAUACCUCUUGGUGAUGGUAUGGAGCUGUAUUAUGGGUUCUACCAGUCGGCAAUCAGGGGCUGGAAAGCGCUCCUCAACGUCGAUGUCGCUCAUAAAGCGUUUCCGAAGGCUUCAAACGUCCUAGACAUCGUGUGCGAGAUCGGAAGCGAUUUUAGGACUACCAUGACACGAGCAAACCUUAGUCAACCCCUCAGAGAAUUCGUCCAAAGAGACUUCGAAAAAUUCAUCAAACAGUUGAAAGUCAAGUACGAAAUACCCAACCAAAGUAGCUCCAAACGCAUCCAUCGCGUCAACGGACUCGGCGAGCCUCCCAGUCAGGCCAAAUUUAAGCUCGACGAUGGUCGAAUGACCACAGUCGAGAGAUACUACCAAGAGGUGAAACGUUGCAAACUCCAAUACCCUCACCUCCCGACUUUAUGGGUGGGUUCGAGGGAACGUGAGUCGAAAAUCCUUCUCCCAUUGGAAUUUUGCACUGUGGUGGGUGGGCAAGCCAUCAAUCGCAAAAUGAACGAAAAUCAAACGAGUGCAAUGAUCAGAAAAGCGGCCACUUCGACCGAUGUCCGCAAAGAUAAGAUCAUGCAGACUUUACGCACUGCCAAUUAUAACAAUGAUCCCUGUAUUCGCGAGUUUGGGUUUUCGGUGAGUAACAAUUUCGAGAAAUUGGAUGCUCGUGUUUUGAAUCCGCCGAGUCUGUUGUACGCCGAUAAUGCACAAAUUAAGCCGAGUAAAGGUGUCUGGAGGGCGGACAGGAAUAGGUUUCUGGUUGGGGCUACUAUUAACAAGUGGACGAUUGCGUCCGGGACGAGAUAUCCGUCGAGAGAUGCGGACAAAUUAGCUGAUAUGAUUUUCAGAAUGGCUAGUUCCAACGGCAUGCAAAUCACCUCGAAGGCCACUCCUUCUACGCACAUCGGCGGACGGCAAGGCCUUCGCGACUUCAUUGACUAUUUUAAGGGCAAACAAGACUACGACCUCAUCAUUGUCGUGGUUCCUAACUCCGGCCCUCAGUAUUCUUUCGUGAAACAAGCAGCAGAACUGAACGUCGGCUGUCUCACCCAAUGCAUCAAGGAGCGAACCAUCGGCAGACUCAACCCUCAGACAGUCGGAAAUAUCCUCCUCAAAAUCAACAGCAAAAUGAACGGCACGAACCACCGACUUUCGCCGAAUUCGCGUCCGCUCAUCAUGAAGCGUCCCUGCAUGAUCAUGGGCGCCGACGUCACUCAUCCUAGUCCCGACGCUCGGGACAUCCCCAGCGUCGCGGCGGUGACGGCGUCGCACGACCCAAAUGCCUUCCAAUACAACAUCUGCUGGCGGCUGCAGCCACCCAAAGUCGAGAUUAUCGAAGAUCUCUGCAAUAUCACGGUUGAACAGUUGAAAUUCUUCUAUCAGAAGACUGGUUUUAAGCCGGAAAGCAUCGUGUUUUUCCGAGACGGCGUCUCCGAGGGCCAGUUCAAGCAAGUCCAACGAGCGGAAAUAGCCGCCAUACAAAAGGCGUGUAAAAUGCUGCAGAAGGACGAUUACGAGCCGAAAAUUACGUUCCUGGUGGUGCAGAAAAGACACCACACGAGGCUGUUCCCGACGAAUCCCCGGGACUCCGAAGACAAAAAUAAUAAUGUUCCAGCGGGAACGUGCGUCGACACCCAUAUAACCAAUCCAAGGAUGCAGGACUUUUACUUGGUCUCACAUGCGAGUAUACAAGGAGUGGCAAAGCCUACGAAGUAUUGCACUCUUUGGGAUGACAAUAAUAUGAAUAAUGACGAUAUUGAGGAGCUGACAUACCAUCUAUGUCACAUGUUUACGAGGUGCAACAGGUCGGUCAGUUAUCCAGCACCGACUUACUAUGCGCAUUUGGCGGCGGCAAGGGCUAAGGUUUAUAUCGAAAAUGAUAAACUGGACAUGUCUCAGUUGAAAAGACACCAAGAAAAAUGCCAAAUCCAGGAGAAAAUCGUGAAAGGAAAACCGAUGUUUUUUGUUUAAAGGAACUGGAGUACUGUUUAUCAUGUUGGUAAAAUUUUCUAUGUAAGGCUUUAUAUCUAUUCAAUGUUUGUUUAUUAAUUAUUAUCCCAAAAAAAUUAUAAAAAUUAUGGUAAAAUAAAAAAUGCGUUGCGCGUCCAA